UAUGUUUUCCAAUAUAACCGAAUUAACAUCCACGCCAACCGAAGCCACUUUCAUUCUUGUUUGCCACCAAUCGAAAGUGGUGGUUUGUGGCGCUUCGACAACACCAUUUGCACCUGUGUGGGUGCUUAUGUAUGCCACUACCUCAAUCGGUUGCCGCUAGACCGAUCGCUGCUAUUGAUAGCCGGGAGCUCUACUUUAAAUAGCAACCGAUUUUGGGGGCCCAAACCCAGUUAACCAAAAACGUUAGAAGCAUUUGGGACAUGAAGUUGGCGGCGUGGCUCAGUCUUUUCGCGUUUGUUUACUGCGUGAAAGCCAAUCCUCUACUUGGAUUAAUAGAUCCCCAAUGUAAGGUUGUGCAGGGGGAGUGUCCCCAUGCAGAUGUCAAGUUCUGGCUUUACUCCAAUGAAACCCGGAAUAAUCCCGUACUAUUGAAGCCUGAAGAUCUCAAUCCCUGGGACUUUCAGCCGCCACGUCCUCUUAAAAUCUUAAUCCAUGGCUAUACAGGAUAUCGGGAUUUUGCGCCAAAUUCUUUUAUACGUCCAGUGUUGCUGGAUCACGAAGACGUCUAUGUGAUCUCCCUUGACUAUGGGCCUCUGGUAAAUUAUCCUUGCUACAUCCAAGCAGUGCAGAAUCUGCCUCUUGUCAGCAAGUGUCUGGGCCAGCUGAUAAAUAAUCUGGUGGACCGAGGAAUAGUUCAAAACGAUAAGAUCCAUUUAAUAGGAUUCAGUUUGGGCGGUCAGGUGGCGGGCCAGACAUCAAGGAUCACCGGUCUGGAUCCUGCCAAGCCUCUUUUUGUCCUGGCCGGAGAUAAGAAACGUCUGGACGCCGGAGAUGCCGAGUUUGUGGAUGUCAUUCAUAGUGAUGUUUUUGGUCGUGGAAUGCUGCGUUCCAUGGGGCAUGUGGAUUUUUAUCCAAACUUUGGACCCCAGCAGCCCGGUUGCAUGGAGGAGAACCCCAAAGAUCCUGGCAGUUGCAAUCACGAGAGGGCGCCUCGCUUCUAUGCCGAGUCCAUAAACUCUACAGUUGGAUUCUGGGGACGACAGUGCUCCAGUUGGUUGGUCCACCUCAUCGGAUUGUGCCCCACUAGUGGACGACAAGCUCGCAUGGGCUACCACCUGUCGGAGGAGAUGAGGGGCUCGUAUUUCCUGCAAACUAGGAACAUAACUCCAUUCGCCAUGGGCAAAGUGGAGGAUGUGGAUAACAGUGAUAUGCUGGCCAAGUUUAAGCUGGCCACGGAGAAUAACGAAAUAGAAAAUGAUUAUGAACCGCAGCUGCUGGAAGCCUUCCUCGAGGAUUCCCCAGACGUUGAAAAUUCAGAAGAUGCAGAUUUGGACAAUAAAUUGAAUUGGAACGAGGAAGAGGAAGAUGAGCCCUUAAAUAAAAUUUAAGUUUUUAGAAUAUAAUAUUAGAAGAUUAUGUUUUAUGUAUU